AAGAUGGUGGCAAUCAUUUCUGCUCCCACUUUGGGAUAGAGGCCUAUAGAUUUUCCUAUUUGAAAUAGCACACACACACUACCCGUUAUUCAGUUAUGCUGUGAGGAUAGUCUAUUCAUUCACUGUGCUGCCAUAGAUAUGUAAAAUAGAGUGCUAGGACAGACCUCUGCAGAACCUAAAGGGCAAUGUGCCAUUAGCAACCACCUCAGCUCUGAGCUCAGAAAAUGUGAUAAUGAACAGCUUGUUAAGUACCUCAACUGGUGCGUUUGUGUCUUUCAGUAGUUAACAAGCUGCCUUUAGUGUUCCUCACAAUGGAGAUGUGCGCCUACGCUUCUACAAGCAGUUGACUUCUCAGAUAAUUGCCCUCUUUCUUGUCUCUGUCUCUCAUCCCUCACUUCCCCAACCACUCUUAAUUUGUUGGGCUGUUCUGUCUCAGAGCAGGGGAUUGAUGUGUGACGUUCAGCAUUGACUCAUUGAAACACAUACACAGACACACAAUCAACCACGAAACCCCACCUCUCUCUCCAUCUGUACCUCAACCUGUCUUUCUGACACAUUAUUGGAGCAAGUCUGCAGAGCUGGAGAUAGCCACAGCAGUGCCACGGUGAGUUUUCUUUGUAUUGUUCUAUAUUGUAGAAUAGUAUUUGUUUAAUAAGUGGUUUUGAUGGUCSAGCUUGUUGGAGCAUGAUGCUGGCAUCCCUAAUGUUAUGGGUUUGAUUCUUGCAUGGACCGUUAUUCUGUCWGCUAAAUGACCAUUAUUUAAUCAUUUUAAUUACACCUUGGACAGAAUCUUCCCUGAAAAUAGUCAGCUGGACCAAUUAUUAGAGGGUUUUGGUUAUUGUUUUAAACCAAUGUAAUAUCUGAACAAUUAUGGGACACCCUAAUAUGUUACACGAGUGCCCAGCCCACUUGUGUGGGUUUUGUUUCUGUAGGUCCAGUUUAAGACUUAGUGAAGUUGUAGUUUCACAAUUGUGGCAACAGAUUUCAUGUCUCAUGCAGGUUGACAUUGUUGUUGUUGUUGUUGCAUUGCGGUGUUUCACUGAAAAUGUGAAACUGAAUAAUUCUAACUUAGACAUUGUGGAUAGGCCUUCAAAAUUACACUAUAAGUUUCCCACAUUUCAAUGGUUCUGUUACAUGUCAUAUCUGCUGYCACUUCUAGUGGUAUAUGCUCCCAUAUGGUUGGAAGCUCACAAGAAAUGUCUUUGGACUUCAGAAACUCAUAUUUUACCUUAUCACUGUCUCCUAAUGUUGAUACUUCUGUUACCCCUCCCACCUCAUCCUUCUCUCUCACCACAUCCCUGUUUAAUACUCCAGACCUGUUACUCCUCUCUUCCCUUCUCCUCCUUCCAGCCAUGCGUCCAUCCAACUCUGUGACCUUUGAACCCAGGGUCGAGCGAGGUGUUCCCUGGGGUCGCGACCUCUUUACCUUUGUGACAUCAGCAGCAGGCCACAUGAUGCGGACACUCCAGAGACCAAGGAAGAACAGGCCGUCCAAACGUCAAGUCAACCACCGGCGCUUCCUACACAACAUGAUCCAGAGGAAGUUUGCAGAGAUAGAGGCAGCCAAUCACCAGCUUGUGUCUGUCCUCUUCUCAACGGAGGUWGCGAAUAGCGACACACCUUCCCCAUCACGACAGCCAAUAACCACUGACCAAUCUAACAGCACCUCUAAAGAAGACUCCCCUCCAGCUCCUGUAAGUGCAGAAGCAGACCUUUYCCUUUGUUCACAUGAAACUGAAGCCCUUGCAACAGAACAGAAAGACCCUGGAGCCCAAUGGAGGAGACUCAACCCCAAACAUCUCCAAAUGGACCAGYCCAACAGCAACACUCCAAGUAAAGGAACAUACCAAACRACUCAUAAACAGUGGGGCAGAACAGAAAAUCAAACUGACUUCAGAUCAUCCAUAACAUCAGAGAAAACCAUUGCCUUAGAACAAGAGGAGGAACACUUUCACACAGAACCCUUCAGUUGUGAUGUCACUUCAGAGGAGAGCCUUUAUAGCUGGAUAGACAGCAUUAGAGAGAAAUAUGAAACACAACUCAGACGCGACUCAAAUUCAAAUAUCAUGGCCCCAACUCAAAACCAGAGGGCUCUACCUCUAAACUUGGAUACCUCAACUUUCAACCCAACWCCCCUCUCGCCCGGACUAUCCCUUCUGUCCCUAGAUUCCUGUGACUUUGGGGUCACAACGGUCGCAGACAACUCCGCUUGCUUCCAGUCCCAAAACAAUAUGGCAGACAGUGACACAGUGGAGAGCCAGAGAAUGGACAUGUUGAGGCUGUGGGACUCAGAGGUUGAACCACAGAAUGAUGGGGACCCUUCGGCCCAUCUAGAGACCAUCUGGGGGUAUCCUGGUGAUGAGAGGAGCCUAGGUGAUAAGCCGCACGUUGAUGACAUCACGUAUCUGAACCAAUCCGAAAGUUUCAUAGAGAAGUUGAUGCUCCACACCAGCAGCAGCAGUGACGGUAGAUCUGAGAUGGACCGGAUUGACUGUGAUGGAGGGCAGUAUGAAUACGGAUCUGGAUACGGAUGUUCUAUAGAUCCAGUAACAGCCAUAAGAGACUUCAUUAGUGGCCAGGGCAGCUCACAGUGUAUGUUGGAGAGUGCUGUGGGAAGACAAGGCUACCAUUGUGACUUCCCAGACCCCAACAUCCUUCAGAGGUCUUGUGCCCAACAAGAUGGUACCUUCUCAUUGGUGAAUGAUGAUAUGAAUCAGAGUUGUAUUCUCUAUGAGGGAGUGGCCAGAUCCUUCCCGGCCCCAGUUCACACCCCUCAUCCACAUCAGGUUCUGACCCCGCCCCUGGAAGAUGAUUGGCUGUUCACUGAUAUCAUGGGGGCCCAUCAGUGUGAGUAG